AUGAUCGAUGGAUUCAACUCUACGCCUCGUCUUAGUCCAUAUAUCAGUAUUGAUAGCUACAUAUAUCGUGGUAAAACAACUUAUCUAGCUACAAGUAGCUGUUGCGAUCGAUUUAAUCCUCUUUUUGAUGGAGAAUGUCAUCAAAUAUGUGCUCCAUCGGGCGGUUUUAUCGGUCGUGGCAACGGUAAAUGCAUAGAUUUUUGGGAGAAAGCACAACAAUUGGAAAAUAUUUGGACAGUACCACGAUCAUAA